AUUCGUAAUGAUUAUAUUUAUAUAGCUCAUUUUUCAUACGAAUUAUGAAUUUCGAUAUAAAUAACGUGACUGUUAGAAAUUUCAGAGAAACCGAUGUGGCCAAUAUUCCCAAAUGGAUAUUCGAAAUUGAUGGCCGGAGGGCUAGUGCUAAAUUUUUCAAAAGCUGUUUCAACGUUGACCCGGCCGGUUGUUUUAUAGCCGAAUUGCCUAAUCACGAAAUAAUCGGUAUUUGCUUAGGCCUUAUUUUAAACGACGAUUUCGCGUUUGGAGGGAGUCUCAUGGUCAGGAAAGAAUACAGGAGAAAGGGGGUGGCUAAACUUUUGUGCGACGAGAGACUCAAACAUGUUCAAAAUAGGUUGCUCGGCAUCAAUUCCGUUGAAAGUAGAAUUGCGACUAAUAUAAAGUCGGGAAUGAGUUGCCCAAUUUUUUCAGCUCAGAAAUUGAUAGGUGAAAUAAAUAUCACGGAUCUCAAAAAAAGUAAUAAUUGGAAGCAAGGUGAUAAUAAGGGUGCUAUCCACUAUAUUCCAUUCCUUCCCCACCUAAUUAACGAACAACUAUUACGAAGAAUAAUAUCUUACGACGAGCGCAUUCAUGGAAUUUGUAGGAACAUAUUUCUAAGAUCUCUAUUUGAAAAUGACGAAAAGAUUGAACCAAAUGAUUCAAACAAACUCGAUAAACACGAUAUGAUUGGCAUGCUAGCGUUAAGGCUCGGUGAUGACGAUAUGAUGCCGCCGAUCAUUGUCAACUCUAACUACGAAAUGGAGAAUGUAGAUUAUAUAUUAUCGCACUUGGAAUCAAACCCGUUCGAUAUUUUGGGUUAUGGUUUAAUGUAUAAAAAGUAUGUAGGUUGGACCAUAGCCCCAUUAUACGCCGAAAAUGAAGGGAUCGCGUUACGGAUAUGUUUGGGAAUACUAUUUGCUUUCUCCGGAAUUAUUAAAGUCGACAUUCUUAUCCCGGAAAAUAAAACCGAAUCACAACUCUCUAUCGUGAUACGAAAUUUGGGAUUAAAAAGUGAAGCAACCAUUUACAGAAUGCACCAUUCCAACAAGUUAGAGGUAAGGAAUGGUGUUGAUCUAAAUCCCAAUUUUUUGAUCGAGAAUGUUUACGGAAUGACAAGCAGUAGCGCAUUUUUUGUAUAAAUGACCUAUUUAGUAUUUUUUUUUUUAAUUGUAUAAAAAUUAAAAAGAUAACA